AUGUCGGAAGUAUUGCGAUACGACUGCCUCAAAUCCGAUCUAGCAAUUUAUGUGAUACAGGAAAAUGAGAGAAUAUGCAUUUAUGGAUCGUGCUCGAUACUAUGCCUAACCGGAAAUGCGGUUUUGAACGAUUUCCCAUUGCCCGAAGUUUCGUAUUCGAAAGGGAAUUUGGUGAAAUUGUCGGCGCCGCAAGCAAUGCACAUUCCGGCGAUUUUGCAAAUUCACCCGUAUCACAAAAAUUAUAAGUAUGCUCGAAUCAAAUUUCGAUUGAAAGAGAUUGCACCAAAUUGCUAUGAGGAUAUUAUGAAGAAGAUUGGGCAUACAACACCGGCGGUUUUUGUAUUCAACAAAGAAUUGAAAACGCCCGAAAUGGCGGCGAAUAAUGCGCUACCUAAUUUUCUUGUGCAUUCGUCAAUUCAGAAAGGAAUAUUUCGGCCGCCAUUUUACACAAUAUCUCGGAUGGAUUUUUACAUAUACCCCGAAGAAAGCGAUAAUCAACUCAAUUCGUGCAUCAGAAAUUUGAAAUUGAAGCAAGAUAAUUUACAACGCGUUUCAAUUCUUCCAAUUGGCCAUAAAGGAGCAGGAAAAUCGAAUUUAGUAAGGAGUAUCAUUAAUCGAUGCUUGGCCAACGAGUUCACACCAUGCGGUUGCCUUACGUUGACGAAAAUUCAUUCACCCAUAUUUGAUAAACCCUACGGUCAUCAAUUAGCAAAAUUUAGCAACACAUAUUUUUAUGGGGAUAUUAUUAUUAACAAUUUGGAUUUGUACAAGGACAUUUUCGAGCGACUCUGGAAUUCGUUUGUGUCGACGAGCGAGCCGGGAGCAAUUUGCGUAAUAAAUUCGAUGGGCUGGCUGGAGGACGCCGGACGCGAUAUUCUUCUUCGGAUUCUCGAGUCGACGCGCGCCGAUUUGAUUGUCGAGAUUUGUCGUGAUCCGAGUGUCGCGAAAUUCAAAUAUUCGCUUCCUCGCGGCUCGUCGUGCAUUUCGAUUUUUCCGAACAACGCGCUCAUCACGGAUGUGCCGACGGAGAAAAAAUUGAAGGCGGCGAUGAUUCGCGAGCUGACGUCGGUCGGCUACUUCUCGACAAUCUUUCCCACUUCCUAUGUGUCGUCGAUUGCGCAAGCGACACCCUAUCGAAUCAAUUUCAAAGAGAUCACGUUUUUAUUGCCCAACGAGCUUCUCGUCGAGGACUCGAAAAUGAUUGCGUCGUUGAAUUGUCAGACUGUUGCGUUGUGCGAGCCGAUUCCGGAGCUGAAAUCGCGCCGUAUUUGCGAUAGCAGCAAUUUGCCAAGUUUGGCAAUUCACGAUGAAAGCACACCGGCAUUGAAAUGCUUUGGAUUUGCAAUCAUACGGGGAUUCUGUUUCGAGAAACGCGAACUCUAUUUGCUGUCUCCUGUGAAUUUGAUGAAGUGCGACGAGAUUCCGAUUCUGGCGCGUGGAAAACGAAUCACGACAUCGCCGAUUCUUUUCGGCAGCCAGAUCGAUCAUACGAGCCCCUAUACCGUGAUUACAUCGACUUCUCGAAAACACGCGGGCAGCGCGAAUGUCGAUGAAAUGUAUUGUGCGCUGAGUGUGACGACAUCGUUCAAACGAACAAGAAACUUAUAA